AUGAAUGGAAUUUCAGGAACGUAUCCGUAUGUAACGUCAUCGAAUGCGACUGUCGGAGGUGCCGUUACAGGUUUAGGUUUACCGCCGACAUCCAUCAAAGAGGUUAUCGGAGUUACCAAAGCCUAUCAGACUCGUGUUGGCGCUGGUCCGUUCCCAACAGAGCUCCAUGAUGCCGUAGGCGAUCAACUGCAAAACGUAGGAAAAGAGUUUGGAGUAACAACCGGUCGAAGACGUCGUUGCGGAUGGAUCGAUUUAUUCCUUUUGAAGAGAUCGAACAUGGUUAACGGUUUCACGGGGUUAUUUCUAGUUCACAUAUUAAUAGCUCUCACAAAGCUCGAUAUACUGGAUAAUUUCGAUGAAAUUAAAGCUGCAGUUGGCUAUAAACUCGAUGGGCAUCCACUCACUUCACCUCCAUCACGUGCGGAGGACUGGGAUCGUGUUGAGGUGGAAUAUCGAACGUUCGUGGGAUGGAAGAGUUGCACGUCGAAUGUUAGGAAAUUCGACGAAUUGCCGCAGAAAUGUCGAGAAUACGUGAAUUUUAUUGAAGAAUUUAUCGGUGUUCCGAUUAAAUGGAUCGGCGUAGGUGAAGAGCGUGAAUCGUUGAUUGUUCGUUGA